GUAUUCGGAAAGAGUACAUCAAGUGACACCAAGUGGCGAAGCGUAGACCCUCGUCAUGAAUUAACAUAUCUACAUUCUUAUCGAGGCUGCAUUGUAUUGUAUUGUGCCUUUCAUACCUUCGUAUCGUCCUGAGAGAGGGUCAACAGGGACGCCUAUGACCCAAACCCUCUCCUUCUCCCUUCUCAGAAAAACCCUAGAAAUUUAAUCAUCAUUCCCCCAAACAUUCUCAAUCUCAAUUCCCCCUUCCAAGUCAACGCCCCAAUCAAUCGGAUUUCUAAUUUCUCGAUCUAUGUCAUCCGAGAUCGAGGUCGUUGAGGAGGUUCAAUCCCGCGAUCAGCAAUCGACGCCGUCCGCCGGCGCCGAUGAAGCCUCCGAGGAUAGCCUCCGCAACGAUGUCUACACGGCGGCGGCUUACGGGGAUUUGGAGAAGCUGCAGCGAUUGGUGGAGCAAGAGGGUUGCCCUGUCUCCGAACCCGAUGGGUUGGGUUACUACGCGCUUCAGUGGGCCGCACUCAACAAUCGCACUGCGGCUGCUCAGUACAUCAUUGAGCAUGGGGGGGAUGUAAAUGCAACGGAUCAUCAUACUGGUCAGACAGCAUUACAUUGGAGUGCAGUCCGGGGUGCUAUCCAGGUUGCAGAGCUUUUGCUUCAGGAGGGUGCUCGAGUGGGUGCUACCGAUAUGAAUGGAUAUCAGACAACGCACGUUGCUGCACAAUAUGGCCAGACAGCUUUUCUUUACCACGUUGUUUCAAAAUGGAAUGCCGACCCUGAUGUUGCGGAUAACGACGGAAGAAGCCCCUUGCAUUGGGCUGCUUACAAAGGUUUUGCCGAUUGUAUACGUCUUUUGUUAUUUCUUGAUGCACAUAGGGGACGUCAAGAUAAAGAGGGUUGCACUCCUCUUCAUUGGGCUGCCAUUAGGGGUAACUUGGAGGCCUGCACUGUGUUAGUACAGGCUGGCAAGAAGGAAGACCUGAUGGUGACUGAUAAUACUGGCCUUACCCCAGCACAGCUUGCUUCUGAUAAGAAUCACAGACAAGUUGCUUUUUUCCUUGGAAAUGCCCGAAGGCUGCUUGACAAACGCUGUGAUGGGAACAGCCGGCUUGGAAAAAUUUCCAAAUUAGGACUUGCUCCUAUCCUUUGGUGCAUAAUUUUUGUGCUCUUGGUCACCUAUAUUCAUUCAGUCAUCUUGGCCACAAAUAUGCCAAAGCUGACAGCUGCAGCCGGCCUUCUUGCAUGGUUUGGUGUUUUACUUGCAACUGUUGGAUUGGUGAUGUUUUACAGGUGUAGCAGCAAGGAUCCUGGUUAUAUCCGUAUGAAUGUGCAUGACACUCAGAAUAUGAAAGAUGAUUAUACAGCUCUGACAAGAUUGAAUGGAUUAUGGCAGGAGCCUCUCUUGAAGAUUGGGAUAAAUGAUCCUGCUUUGCUAGCUGGAAAUUGGUCCCAGCUUUGUGCAACAUGCAAGAUUGUCAGGCCUCUUCGAGCAAAACACUGUUCUACCUGUGAUCGUUGUGUGGAACAAUUUGAUCAUCAUUGUCCAUGGGUAUCCAAUUGCAUUGGCAAGAAGAACAAAUGGGAUUUCUUUGUUUUUCUUGUUCUCGAAGUUUCAGCAAUGCUGGUUACUGGUGGAGUUUGUCUUGCAAGAGUAUUAACUGAUCCGAUAGCUCCUCCUUCGUUUGGGGCAUGGAUUCAGUAUGUGGGUAAGAAUCACAUCGGUGCAGUAUCAUUUCUAAUUGCUGAUUUUUUCCUCUUCUUCGGUGUGUUUGCUUUGACGGUUGUACAGGCUAGUCAGAUAUCUCGCAAUAUUACAACAAAUGAAAUGGCAAAUGCAAUGCGGUAUAGUUAUCUCCGAGGCCCAGGUGGUAGAUUCAGAAACCCGUAUGAUCAUGGUAUCAAGAAGAACUGUUCUGAUUUCUUGAUCAAUGGGUACAAUGAAGAUGUGGAGUGCGUUGAAGAAUUAGGUCACUCAGAGGAGGGUAUAGGAAUGACGCACAUUGCAAGGAGCACAAACUUAAUAAAUGGAGGCUCGCAUACUCAUUCUGAAUAUGCAAGGGGCACUGGAAAUGGCCAUCAUGUUAUUAAUGUGAAUUGCAACAAUACCAACUCCAAAACACAUCAUGGUCAUAUCAAUGGUCAUGUUCAUUCUUCGCAUUGUAGCCAUAGUAACCAUGGCAAAACCAGAAAUGACAACGUUCCUUUGGGCUUAGGUCUUGGCCUUGGACGGAACACCAGAGCUGUUGCAUCCUCAUCAUGAUAUCUACAUGUCUGGCUGAACCUAACCUGUAAUGUAUCAUAGGCACACAUCUGGGUUAGUUUACGUUAAUUCAAUUUAUUGUGGCUCUUUUCUACCAUCCCCAUGUGCAAUUUUGUGGUGUUGCAUUUUAGCCAUCUUCUCUCCCUCGUUCUCUCUCUGUACCUUUGUAACUAGAGUCGCAUUUAAAAGCUGUUAAGCCUUGAAAUUAAUAUGAAAUUCAUAUGUAUUUUGCUAGAGGUGUUCUUCUGCCCUUUUCCCUUGACGGAGGAACGAAGUUCGAUCCGAUUCCUAUUAAUUUCUAUACAUACAUACCCAUACAUAAAACUAUAUUUAUCAUCAAUGUU